AUUAUCGUUAAUAUCGGGACAUUAGUCGCCUCGGGAUGAACGGUGCGCAGUCCGCGGCGAUACGAGCGGCCGUAGCCAGUGAAAAUUGUGCCGAUCCUCAGUGUUGUCCGACGGUUUAACGGAUUAUCCGGAAAGUUUGUUAGAAAUGAGUCAGCCGGCGAUCGUCGAUCGUCCGUGCCCGCUUUCGUCCGAGGAUCGAUAACCCCUCGGGAUUGACAGGGGAAAAAAAGGGGAACGGAUGCGAGACGCGGUCUCGUAUAAGAGACUCGAGACACAUCAGCAAAACGUAGAUUAAUUUAUUACGUCCAUUCAGAAAACAUACGUCCACCCGUUAUUUCUCCGGUAUCGGUACAUAUAACCGCGCGGAAAAAAGUGAUGCAUGAAAAAGUCUUUAUACACACACACCAUUAUGUAUAAGGUACAACAACGUGUUUGUAUUGGAGUAUGAGCCGCUCUGUAUGUAUGUGUGCCAGGUGCACUGUUGCAUCCCUCUGAUGAGCGCCAUGCACCGUUUAGACCAUAGCCGUAAUGUCAUCCCGAAGGCUACUUCUUAGUAAUUCACAAAGGGUUCACUCUUCCGUGAAGUACAGCGCAUGGAUACUUUCCAGGCAAUACCUAGCACGUACCUUGCUAGAGAAGUAUUUGUGGUAGAUCCUCGGUGAAUCAAGAGUAUGGCUUCUGGUGCAUCUUCUCUGGAUAGUGCUGGAAGUAGUGAUGGAGCACUUAAUAUGGAAAGAGAUAGUGGAGGGUAUGGCAGCGUUGGCAGUCCCGUCGGUGGUCCCGAAUGUCGUAGCGAUUACGAUGGUUUGCAAGCUCAGUGUGAUCAAGCCAUGCAUCAGCUUCAGCUACUUAGGCACAAACACUCCGAUACUAUAAGACGGUGUGAACAUACUAUGAAAGAAUUGGAAUACUACAGAGGACAGAACAUAGCAGUCAUGAACCAGUUGGAGGCAACAUCACAGGAGAGCUCCGCGUUGCGGGGCAAAUAUGGAGAUCUGGUUAACGAUAAGCAACGCCUCGACCGUGAGGUUCAGGCGUUGCAGAAGGAGGUAUCCGAACUACGGUGUCAGAAUCAAGAAGUUCUUGUUUCUAACACCGGGAACGGGGACACUAUGAACCAGCACUAUUUAUCGGCACUUCGAAAAUACGAAGCCAUCAAAGACGAUUACGAUGCUCUCAGGAAGCGAUACGAUGAUUUAAUAUCAUCGCAUUCGUCGGCUGUUAACAAGUUGGAAUUAUCUCAAGAAGAAGCCGUGAGGUUGAAGAAACAGUACGACGAUAUUGUUCAAGAACGUAAUAGCGCUGUUCGUGAACGUAACGGUUUGAAACAACAGUGCACCGCUGCUAUUAGGCAAUGGGACAUCGCGCUUAGGGAGAGAAACGAAUAUCGCGAGGCGUUGGCCAAGGUGCAGCAACAACACGAAGAGGCAGUGAAGGAGAUCAAUCAUGCUAUGGUAUUGCGUAUGAAGGCUAGUAAAGAUAUGAAACGGCUGCAGGAGGAGAGAAAUGCCGCGUUACAGGAGUACAGUUUAAUUAUGGGCGAGCGCGACACGGUUCACAAGGAGAUGGAGAAACUCGGCGACGAUCUCACACAAGCUUACACGAAAAUCACACAUUUGGAGAACCAGAACAAGCAACUUAUAGAAGAGAAAAAAGCUUUAUCCUAUCAAAUCGAAACUUUAAGAAGAGAAAUUUCAUCUGCGUUGCAAGAUCGAGACGAGGCUUUGAAACAGUGUAACGAGUUACGUCAGAAGUUCGGCGAUUAUUCCGAAGGUUCAAACAGAGAUUACAAGAAUCGUAUGGAACUGCACUCGUACAAUCGCGAACGGGAUAACCCAAACAAAGAAGCCGAAAGGGAAAAUAACCCGACGGAUUAUACUAAACGGGAUAAGGAACGUAUGGACAAUUUGGAUCAAGCGAAUUUGGAAUUGGACAAGCUGAGGAAAACCGUGGAUAAGUUGCAAGCCGAACUCGAAGAAGCUCUCCAAGAAGCGGAAGUAUCGAAACGAAGGAGAGAUUGGGCUUUCAGUGAAAGGGAUAAAAUAGUUUUAGAGAGGGAAAGUAUUAGAACUCUUUGUGAUAGAUUAAGGAAGGAACGCGAUCGUGCGGUUUCGGAACUGGCGGGCGCUCUGCGUGACUCCGACGAUAUUAAGAAACAACGGAACGAGGCGUCGAAGGAGCUGAAAGAUCUGAAGGAGAAGAUCGAGUCCGGUGAUCACGCGUUAAGAGCGAGCCAAUUCGCGCAGAGCUUGUCGCACGCACACGAUUCGGCGAUCGACGCCGAUGUUAGCGAUUGGGAGAUUCUCACCGUUCAUUUGGAUCUCAGUCGAGUGUGCUUGGAUUCUGAACGCGAUUUGGGGCUCACACUUGUCGGAGGCCGUGACAAUCCGUACUAUCCGAACGAUACAGGGGUUUACGUUGCUCAAGUAAUAUCGGGAAGUGCUAUCGACGGCAAAUUAAGGGUGAACGAUUGCAUUAUACGAGUAAACAACGUGGACUGUGCAUCCACGCGUGCGAUCAUGGAUACUUUACGUACCUGUUCGAUGGGAUCAGCUACACUGACAAUAAGAAGACGACGGUUAACUAGAAGAUCGUUAAGAACAACUCAAUUACCCGUUGGUUCAGUUCCUCAUGGUAUCUCUUUGGAACUUGGAGUAUACAUUUCGAAAAUUUCACCUGGUAGUUUAGCUGCUAAAGAUGGUAAUCUUGCCGUCGGCGAUAGGGUGUUAAAUAUUAAUGGUAAAGCAAUGGAAGGCAUUAAUUCCAGCCAAGAAGCCAUGAAUACUUUGAAUGACACCAGCAUGGACGUCCUGACUAUUACAACGUUAAAGGGGAUACCGUUGCCUUCGGCAACCAGUUCCGAGACUAUGACCAUGGACGGUAGUUUCGGCGCCGAGAAACAAAAAAUGGUGAAUAGUUGCUCCCAAACGGAGCAGGAGAGAUUGCUGUUGAAGAUUCCGUCGGAUGAUUACGAAAGGAGACACGUCGCUGCCCAGAACUUUGGCGAUAGAAGCGUCUACAAAAUUUCGAAGUCGGUCAGCAGCGAGAAACCGAGCGGGACGCCGAUCAGCAACGCUUGGGACAAUCUACGGGGGAAAAUCGACAUUGUACGUGGACGUAAGCACAGUAAAGAUCGUGAGGAGAAGAAGAAACGGCAUCGCAAUUCGAGCCCAAAUACGUUUGAACAGGAACAGGAUGCUAUAGCGGAAUUGGACUCGGUGAUUGAGAGCUAUCACAAGAAAGCGAAUAACGGGGUAUUGAAACGAAGUAAGCGGCGCGGAACGGAAAAAGUCGAGAAGAAUGGAGGUACGUGGCCGAAAGCGAGAGGUGGGCCUCUAAUCCAAAAUGGCACUGGUACUAUUUUACAUUCACGUAAGACGAAAGAACGGCUGCCCUUAAGUGUACUUCUUAACCAACCGCCAAAGUAUGAAAGUUAUAAUUAUAAUCGUAUUUCCAAUCCCAUCCCCUUGACCAAUUUCUCGAACGUGAACAAUCGGCAUACGGUAUAUAAAUCAGUAGAAAAACCAUUACCAAACUUCCUUAAAACUGGACCUUUAUUUAGUCAAAAAUCCUUUACUCCAGUGGUGCAGUUCAAAGAUAUACCGAUAGAUAAGAAACCGGGGCCCGACUUCGAGAGCACAGAGAACAGACUUAGUUCUACGCUGACGCCAUCCGAAACUAGUAUCGACUUUUCCGUGAAAUCGGGCACUACGGGGAAAGACGUAGAAUACUUCUCGAAGAAGAGAGCACAAAAAUAUACCCCUAGCAACGAGAGCCAGGUAGACACGCUGCAACAUAACAGAGCCCAGUCCCAGCUCUAUUCCGGGGCUGGAUCAUCGACGUCGUCGACCAGCGGCCCUAGACAACAGUUGACCGGUAAUUUUUCAUUUCCCCCGUAUACGCAUUCGCAUCCGCAUCCCCAUCAACAAAAUUCUUUACCUUCGAGAUACCCGUCCCCGCCGUCUUUGCCGUCUGCACAGUCCGGGGAGUCGAUAGGACUGCCCGAUGCACGAUCAUAUUGUUUCGAACCUUCGUAUAGCCCCGGCCCGCAAACAGGAUUCGGGCAUUUGCACACACCCUCUGUAGAUUUGCAUUAUCAUAAAUCGCGCGCACCGCCGAUCGGCACCGCGUACGAUGUACCUGCGUACACGCAUGGCUACGAAGGCGGAACGUUUCCGAGAAAGAAGGAGAAUCAACGUUUUCGAAUACCGUCAAAUCCUAGCGUCACUUCGAAAAGCAGCGUGGGUAAAUUGUCCACCGGCAGCAUAGAGAGAACCUCGGAAAGAGGCAGCCCGAUGCCGACGUUCCACGUGGAAGUACUUAGCCCCGGCACCGGCGGUGGAACCAGUGCCGGUGGAACGUUCAGAGGGAGUAGCGGGAACAAACGGUCCAGCAUGCCGGACUAUUGUUAUUCCCAACCCAGACCGGCACCCGGUGAACUCCGAAGAGUUCACAUAGACAAGUCGGUCGAGCCUUUGGGUAUUCAGAUCUCAUGUCUGGAGAGCGGCGGUGUGUUCGUGUCCACUGUCAGCGAGCACAGUUUAGCCUCUCAAGUAGGUCUACAAAUCGGCGACCAAUUGCUCGAAGUCUGCGGUAUCAACAUGAGAAGUGCCACUUAUCAACUUGCUGCCAACGUGUUGCGUCAGUGCGGUAAUUCCAUUACGAUGCUGGUGCAGUACAGCCCGGACAAAUACAACGAGUUGGAGGAAGGCUCCGCUUCCUCGAGUUCAUCGGAAGCUGGCGGUGUCGAAGGAGGCAGCCGCAGUGGGUCACCGACACCGUGCAAUAGUCCCGAAGCUCCUAGAAAAACGACUAUCGAAGUGGUCGAAACUUCGGAACCUGAACGCGAUGCUUCUAGUAGUUUAAGUACAACGCGCGACACUUCCAAUACCUUAACUAUCAUGCGAGAGACUACGAACACUUUGGAGCCGCCUCGUACGAUUCGAGAACGGGACAUAAGGAAUUCUGCUUCGCUGGAAGUGCGAGGUACACAGGAAAGGGAAAGAGAAAUUAGGCAAUCCGCGUCGUUGGACAUUAACAUUAGGAAGCCGGAACUUCGUAGUUCAGCGACGUUAGAUGGUUUGCGAAAUUCCGCGACGCUCGACACGUUACGCGGUACCGCUAACACCUUGACCCGCGCUCAGUUGAAUGCAGCAACCACGUUACAACGACAGAACGCUACAAUAAGAAGUCCUACGCAAGUUCAAGACGACCAAAAUCGUAAAAGUCCGCCACCAAGCGAACCAAGAUACCUUUUCAUUGAGACAAGGAAGUGUUCGAACUUGGGGAUCUCUCUUGUCGGUGGCAAUGGUGUCGGAAUAUUUGUACAUUCGGUACAGCCGGGAUGCCUCGCGGAGGACGCAGGAUUACGUACCGGUGAUCGUAUCCUAGAAUACAAUGGCGUGGAUCUUAGACAAGCGACUGCGGAGCAAGCUGCUCUGGAACUUGCUAGACCGGCGGACAAAGUGACCUUGAUCGCUCAAUACGUACCUGACAGGUAUAACGAGGUGAAGGAUAAGCCCGGCGACAGUUUCUAUGUAAAAGCGAUGUUCGAUCGAACGGGCGAAGUCGGUGACAGCCUACAGCUUAGAUUUAAUAAAGACGAUAUUUUGUACGUCGAUAAUACAAUGUUCAAUGGCACACCGGGUCAUUGGAGAGCUUGGAUAGUCGAUCAGAGCGGAAGGAGGCAAACCUGUGGCAUAAUCCCGAGUAAAUUUAAGGUCGAAGAAGAAUUACUUUUGCGACGCUCGUUAGGCGACUUGGAAACGGAUACUACCAGGAGAGGUAGCACAAGUGCGAGAAGAAGCUUUUUCCGCCGAAAAAAACAUCAACGUUCUUCCAGUAGGGACAGUAAAGAAUUAUCGCAUCUUACGGGAGUGAAUUUAGGUUGGUACAGCGAUAGCGGGACGCUUAACGAAGAAACGCUUCCAGCGAGCUACCAACGUGUCGAGAGAUUGGAUUAUCCAGCUUUAAGACCGGUAUUAAUUAUCGGGCCUUUGAGCGAGUGCGUGGUGACGAAACUGUUGCAAGAAUUUCCAGGACAGUUCUCUAGGUGUCUUCCAGAAGCUAUGCACUGUUCCCAAGCGACGCUCGAACAAGGUCUACGCGACUCGCUAUAUGUGGAUUAUAGAAAAAAAGGAAGCUAUUUCGAGUGUACUACGGUGCAAGCCGUCAAGGACAUCUGCGAGAAGAAUACUCAUUGCAUUUUGGACGUAUCGAUCGCGUCGAUCGAGCGGCUUCAUCGACAUCAAAUCUAUCCUAUAGUCUUGUUGAUCAAAUUUAAAAGCACGAAACAGAUAAAGGAAGUGAAAGAUUCCAGAUAUCCGAGCGACAAAGUUAGCGCUAAGGCUGCUAAGGAAAUGUACGAACAGGCAUUAAAGUUGGAAGCCGAAUAUAAGCAUUACAUCUCCGCUGUAAUCCCGGCUGGCGUAAAUGUAGCUUAUAUCUGCACGCAAGUUAAAGCUUCGGUCGAUGAAGAACAGAGCAAAGCGCUGUGGGUUCCUAGAGGACCUCCCUGACAUUUAAGGGGGGGUUCCCACAAACCGCAGUGGAAAUCCAUCUAAAUUCCACCGGGGGGCCCUUCCGCAGUACGAUCGUACAAAAAACAAUUGUUACAAAAUUUGUUUAUUUAUGGUCUCUUCAGUUCUCGCCACAGUAUACAAGAUUUUUUCUUCUCACGUAAUUAUUUUAUAUCCUUACUUGUUUCGGUUGUGAUGCGACUCUGUAAAAAUGAACAUAUUUUCUCCCUUUUUUUUAUCUUUUACGUACUUCUUAUAUUGAGGUUUGAUAUUAGUCAUGCGCUUUAUUCUAAUUAACUUCGCCGAGAGUGUUAUCUAUUUAUAUUAUCUAUUUUAUUAUUUCAGUUUGAAAUGCUUGAAGCUGAACAAUAUUACGUCAUAUAUAAUCUCCUAUAAAAUCAUAUAUAAGAUCGCAAAACAAGACUUUGCAUUAAAAAACUUUUGAUAUUUAAAGAACAUACCGACAUUUGUAUCAUGAUCACAUUCAUAGCAAUUCUAUGUGCUACGUUUCAGAAACUUCCAUCAUGAAGAUAACGAAUCGUUGAUGUAUUACCAUUCAGUAUUUGCGAACUGAUUUCAAUAGGCAGUUAGAAUACGAAUGAAGUUGCUAUUCUGCUUCGAACCUCGAUCGAUCAUAAUUUCUAUCUAUGAGUAAGGAUUAAAUAACAGUGUGAAACAGGUUGUCUAACGACAAUUGCUACGAGACCAUAAAUGAAUCGAUGUAGCAAAUAAUUCAUCGUACCGUGGCCCGUAAAACAGUUAUCGUUGGUGGACGAAUUUAUUAAAGUUGUUAGUAGCGUCAUAAGUUUCAGCCAACAUCGCGUUCGGCUGGUGUUAUUUUAACCCCUCGGAUCAUUUCGUUGUACAGAAUAAUUAUUUCGCGUGAUUAGUAUUAUUGUACAGAGGAUGUAAUAUUAUAAAUUAAAAGAAGAAAGGGUUACUUAUCUGUAUAUAAUUUACUUACAGAACUUAUGGAUUAUAUGCUUAUUAACUUUUUAGUCUAAAUAUAAUUGAAUCGUUUAGAUUUAAGUGAUAUUUUUAGUCAAUUGUUUUAUUAAAAGAAGCAGUUUAUGAUCCAUUAGUUAACGUGGUUUGAGGGGUUCACGUUUUAUUUUUGUUUCAAAAUUCAGGAAUUGAAAAAUGUAAAGAAACGAAUAUGGGAUCGAUAAACAAUUUUACCAAUCUCGAGUUUGUAAAUAUAAAGCGGUACGCGUCGGUGAAACAAAAUUCAAUUCGGUAUACAUAAAACCGCUCCUAACAAAGCGAUGUAAUAUGUAACGAUACGCGUUACUGCUAUUACGAAUCAUUUUACGAAUUUAUAUAUCGUAACAAUACUUCGUUAAUCGAGUUUAAGGCGCUCUGUAAGGUGCAGUCAUAUUUCUCAAGUAUACAUAAAAUUUGAAUACGUAUCGAUACGUAUCUACAUUGAGGAUUCGGAAUAUUUUUAAAUGUAAGGAUAAUAAUCUUUUUUUUAAAUACCAUUGGUACAAAAUUAUUUUGACAAAAUUUUGCGGACUCUGUUUGCAAUACUUGAAUACGCAAUUUUUUAUGCGGUGUAUGACCUCGCGAUUUUAAAAAAAGAUUAUUUUUAAUAAUAUUAAGAAAUAUCAGAUUGAAAUUUGGAAUCAUUUGCUUAACUCUUUCAUGGCCAGUAUAACACACAAAAAUAAUUAUUUAUUAUACGUAAAUAUUAUUAUGAUUGUAUGAACGUGUGAUGGUAUUUCAUAUAAAGUAAGAAUUGAGAAAAGAUUAAUGAAAUUUAAAGUGGUAAAAUAUUCUGGCCAAGGAAGGGUUGAAUCUCAAUGAGAAUUGUCCAAAUUCAAACGCGGAAGAAACAUGAAGCAACGGAAUACGAAAAAAUGGAUAAACUUUGAAACGUUAUAUACUUUUUGUAAAACAGAAAUUUAGUUUUCUAACGAGACAAUAUUUAGGCGUAAGUGAUCGAAGUGAGACCAAAAAUUAAAGGGAUACUAUGCUAAUUCAUAAAAAUUCUGUACUGAUUAAAUUUAUUCUUCGUGCAUUUAAUGCGAACAAUUUUUGAUACGUUUGCAAAACUAUCGGCGCGAACUUUGCAAUAAAAAACAGAGAUACACGUGUCUUUGCAAAAUGAACUUCGGCAGCUGAAUAAUUGAUCAGGAAUUGCGUUCCAAUCCCAGGGUAUACAUAUAGUCUUUUAUAAAUUACGAUCGUGAAUAAUCUAGAAAUUAAAAUUAGAAUCGUACUAGUUAACUAACGUAACGUUAAUAUUUUUGGGAAAAGAAUAUUUCAGCUUGAUUUUUUUAGUACUUGGAGCAAAUACGAAAUGCAUAUGUAUAUAUUUUACACGUGUACGAACUUAAACGUUAUACGUGUGUA